AUGGCCGAAACGGAUACGUUCCCUACGCUCGAAGAGCUGGUCAUCUCCAGAGCUGAUGACCUUGCGCCUGCCUACGAGCUUAGUCCUAAGCACUGCAGCGAUUGGGCCUACACCAUGGACUGGAGUGAGAUGCGCAUCUUGGAUGUGGCAUCCGCUAAUUCUGAACACCUGCUACGAGAAAUUGCUGGUCUAGUACCCAAGCUACACACGCUGAGUUUGAACCCGUCCUCUAUCGACCACGCUACUCUCCAAAUUUUCCUGGAAACUGUGCCAUUGUUGUCAGAUCUGAAGCUGGUUGCUGGAAGCACGUCGAACGUGUAUAUUGGUAGCUUUGACAAAGCAGUCACGAGGGUUUGUGAUGCCAUUGGACCUCAACUCCGCUCUCUUCAGAUCGAAUCUAGAUCUGGUACAGUCAUGCCAUGGCAGAAUCAGCGGGUUCAGGAGGUGCUGGAGUUAUGUCCGCAGCUGAGGUACUUCGAAAGUGUCAUCGAGGGGCUGGGUUCGACCGGUAAAUGGGAUGGAGAUGUUGUUGGCAAGUCGGCUUCGUACAAGCGUGCAUUGAUGUCGUCGACUAGCACCAGGGAAUCCGGUAUGCAAUCCUUCUCUCCUCUCGAAUCAUGCGAGACGAUACAUUGCUAA